AGUCGGUGUAGGCGGGUGCUCGCGGAGCCGGCUGGCAGCGAUGGCCGGGCAGAUGGCGGUGCUGGGUUCAGCUGUUUUGGCUCUCCUGUUAGCUGGCUACCUAGCACAGCAAUACUUACCAAUGCCUGCACCAAAAGUAAUCGGGAUUGAUCUUGGCACAACUUACUGCUCUGUUGGUGUAUUUCUUCCUGGAACGGGGCUGGUGAAGGUUAUUGCAGAUGAAAAUGGGCACAACAGCAUUCCAAGUAUAGUUUCGUUCACGGACAAAGGCGUCUAUGUAGGAUACGAUGGCCUAGAACUGGCUGACUCAAACCCUCAGAACACCAUCUAUGAUGCAAAAAGAUUCAUUGGGAAAAUCUUCAGUUCUGAAGAACUGAAAAGUGAAAGUAGCAGGUAUCCUUUUAAGAUUUUCAACAACAAUGGAUCAGCUGAAUUUUCUUUGACAACUAAUGAAACCUUUCGCAUCACUCCAGAGUAUAUUGGCUCUCAGCUGCUGUUGAAAUUGAAGAGAAUGGCAGAAGACUAUAUUGGCAUGCCUGUUUCGAAGGCUGUCAUCUCUGUGCCAGCAGAGUUUGAUGAAAGGCAACGGAAUUCUACCAUUAAGGCAGCUAAUAUUGCAGGGCUACAAAUUUUGCGAGUCAUCAAUGAACCCACAGCUGCAGCUAUGGCUUAUGGACUCCACAAUGCUGAUGUGUUUAAUGUUCUGGUGGUGGACUUAGGUGGAGGAACUUUGGAUGUGUCUCUGUUGAACAAGCAGGGAGGGAUGUUCCUCACACGAGCCAUGGCAGGUAACAACAAACUUGGAGGACAGGAUUUUAAUCAGAGGUUGAUGCUGUAUUUAUACAAUCAGCUCCAUCAAAGGUAUGGUUCCCUGCCAACAAGAAAAGAAGAAAUACAUCGCCUCAGACAAGCUGUGGAAGCAGUUAAGCUAAAUCUGACUGUUCAUGAGACAGCCACGCUAAGGGUGUUGUUGACUAUGCCAGAAAAGAAGCCUACAAAAGAACUUCCAGAUAGUGAGGUGAAACCAAACAAUGUGGUGAAAGACGAGCCUUCACAAAAAACAGGAGACCUGAAAAAUCCUGGAGAUGCCUCAAAAGUAGAGAACAACUUUGUCAAAGUUGUGUUUGAGACGGAAAUCUCUAGGAAACUGUUUGAGACGUUAAAUGAGGACCUUUUUGAGAAGAUUCUUGUGCCCAUUGAACAAGUGUUGAAGGAUGGCCACCUCCAGAAAGCAGAAGUGGAUGAAAUUGUGUUAGUGGGAGGUUCCACCCGGAUACCUCAGAUACGCAAAGUUAUUCGGGAUUUCUUUGGAAAGGAACCUAACACCUCUGUAGAUCCUGACCUAGCAGUUGUAAUGGGAGUAGCUAUCCAAGCAGGAAUUGUUGGUGGGUCCUGGCCUCUUCAAGUCAGCGCUAUAGAAAUUCCUAAUAAGUAUUUACGGAAGACUAAUUUUAACUGAAAAGAAACUGUUGCCUAUUGCAUCCCACCUCUCCAAAAGGGUACCCUGAUGGUGCAUACUUACCUGACUGGUGGUGGAGCCUAAUUUUAGCUGUAUUGUAUUAGUUUUUUAUCUGUUGCAGUUAGGUGUCCCUGGACACCAAACUGUUAAAGCUAGAUGUUAUUUUAAAGGUAUGACUGAUUUCUGAAGUUCUCAUGUGUUCUGUCUGUCUGUAGAUUGGAUACUGGAUGAAAUGAAAAUGCCAGUGUUGCCACACCUAUGUUUUAUUGCUAAAUUUUCUUAGCAAGUCCUGUAGGAGGUGUAUGUUUAAAAUAAAAAGGGAGCGUGGCCAAGGUGACAGAUAACAUUGUUAUGGUACUGUAGGUAUUUCCAGUCCAAUAUAUUUACUUUGAAAGAAUGUGAAGCAGUGUUAAUGCACAUAGCACUAGCAGUGUUCAGCUUAAAUUUAUUUAUUAAAUUGAGUCAUUUGAGCUUUUAAAGCACCUUUCUAAAAGGCAUGUUGCAGCUUGAAUGAAAUUUAGGCAUUCACUUGAUUCUUCUGCUGUUCAUAACAGCAUAAUGGUAUUGCUGAGGCUGUACGGCAAAUUAUCUCGUUUCAGCCAAACCAUAUUAAAACCUGUUCCCUUGCUACUGUAGCAUUACGUACUGUGUCUGCAAGGGCUUACUUUAGAUCUGGUUUUAAUGGUUGUCAUACUGGUUCUGCUGUCAUGCCACUGAUGUUCUCCACAGAGAACAAGGAUGUAUUGCCAGCUAUAUAUACCUCCCCUGCCUGAUUUAAAAACUGCAGUAAUUUUAUGUAUAUUAAAGCCACUGCUGAGUAUCUUCCCUUGAAUUUGACCAACACAAAUUUCAUUGUUAUGCAUCUACAAGUGCUUGACAUCUUUCCCCUGGAGUACCCCAGGCUGUACGGUUCUUGGGGAGCAGGUGUGGGGCAGAAGGGAUGAAUUGUCUGAUGAAGUCUAGUUCCUGUAGUCCUAAUAAAUGACAACUCACCCAACUAUUUCACACUUUCUAGCUUUUAUCUCUGGUUUAAAUUGUUUUGUAAUCCCACUCUACGCUGAACAUAGAUCAGAGAUUGUAGCUGUUCUUUUGGCAAGGAAGCAAGGUGUGUAACUUGGGAUUUGAGGUAACACUUUUUAGGCAAAUGGUUUGCUACCAGCUAUCUAGCAGAUGCAUGAGAAGAAAAUAAUGAUCUGAAAAAAAAAAUGGUGACAAUUCUCUUUGGAGGGCUAAGUCAAUACUUAAAGGCCAGUUGAAUUACUCUAUCUGUGUAGAACUUUCUACAAUGAAAACACAUCAUUCAGCUUAGAAAUGAACCCAGACUUUAUCAGGAAAGCUCUAGUAACAGGUGGUUCUAAACAUCUUGUAUUCUGCAGAAUAAUUUUGUUUGUAUUAAACUUGCCAAGAUAAAGUGUGGGGCUUAGAUUUAUUGUUUAACAUAUAACUACAUUAAAAUAGGCUUGUUAUUCUCCUGGCAGCAGGCCUUAUUUAUGUCACUGCCAUAAAUCAAAUGUGCCAAUUCAGCUGUUUACAUAGGUAUUGUCUAAACAUGUCUUCGACCUAAUCUAAUUCAAAACCUCUUAAAUUGAAUCACAGUUGCACACAACCAUUCCAUCAGCAUUGUUUCACUUCACAGAGGAUUCCCAAAACGCUGCUAACAUCUGUUUCAUUUCCCUGAGUUGAAACUACUUUGAUUUUUUUUUCCUCAUUUGAGGAUUUUUUUCCUUUGUACCUUUUUCAAAACGACCCUGUCUACAUCUGUAUGGAACCUCCAGUAUCUAAUACUGCUUCAUUGAAAGAAGUGCCUCUUCAGUAAAAUCCUGGAUGAAUGGCAAUAUACAACAUGGUUUUCGUAAGCAGUUGCUAUUUGGGGCCUUUGCUUUACAGAUAUAAAUAUGUGUGUUGGAUUCAACACAUAUUCCAGUGUCUUUGGAGUCCCUGUGGCCUUUUGCCCUGCUGUAAAUUCAUCUCAAAGUCUACUGGAGUUACAGUAGGCCUUCAGUUUUCAUUUUUUCAAAUGCACUGUGUAAAAUGAGCAGACCUGUGUAAAAAUAGAAGCAUGUCGCAAUGAAAUUAUUAAAAGCUUUCUGCAAUUCUGGGACAUGGUAGGUAUGAGUGGAAGAAACUUAAACUGUUACACUCAGUGCAAAUAAAUGAAGGGGGGGUGAUUUUUUCUCAUGCUCUUUCAGUCUGGAGGAGGUAAAUCCUUUUCAGUGUUAAUCUGGGAGGCAGAAGGGAAGGGCAAGUUGUUUACUUGUUAAAAAAAUUCACAAAAGGGUAUUUAUUCAGAUUUCUGUACAAAUGUUGGGUUUUUUAAUAGAGAAGUUACUGUACAUUGGGUAUCUCACAAUGCAUCUUUAUUUAUUAGAUAACUUUCCUGAACCCUGCAGUCAAGUUAUUUAUUUUGUAACUUUUGGGUUUAGUACUCUACUUUGGCACACUGACUUUUAAAGAUGACUCCACUCUAUUACAUGGCUAUUUCCAGGUAUGCAAGUGUACUGCUUGUCUCUCUUUAAAGAAAUUGGUAUUUGAAGGCUGAAAUCCCUACAAUCCUUGAAAUCUGAGUAUGGUUGCCUGUGGUGGUAGGUAUGCAACAAAUUUAUAUAGCUAAAGCUUCUUUUGCAAGUUGAAAAUAUGAAAGUCCAAGAUGCCUAACCAAUUAUAUGUUCCAAUGCAGAUGAUGAAAUGCAUUUUAUAAAUAACCUUUUAGAAUGUUUUUAAUAAAAGGAAUUUCUGGCCCUUG